AAGCAGAUGAUGAAUAACAACAGUGAGAUAAUGGUGACUGAGUUCAUUUUGCUUGGUCUCUCAAACCAUCCUGUGGCUCAAGCCAUCUUCUUCUGGAUUGUUCUGGUUAUCUACCUUAUCAACUUGCUGGGGAAUGGCCUGAUGGUUAUACUGAUCAUAACUGACUCCCACCUCCAUACCCCCAUGUACUUUUUCCUCAGCAACCUCUCCUUCCUAGACAUUUGCUACACCAGCAGCAGUGUCCCUCAGGCCUUGGUUACCUGCACCACAGAGAGAACCACCAUUUCCUUCAUGGGCUGCAUGGCCCAGCUAUACAUCGGCCUGUAUUUAGGCACCACGGAGUGUGUCCUUCUGGCUGUCAUGGCGUAUGACCGUUUUGUGGCCAUAUGCAGCCCUUUACACUACAUGGUGAUCAUGAGUUGGAAAGUCUGUGUCCAAAUGGUCAUUGGAGCUUGGGGUGCUAGCCUUAUGCUGACCCUCAUCCCAAUAGUCACAGGGUCUAAACAGUUUUGCGGCUCUAAUAUCAUCAACCAUUUCACUUGUGAGAUCCAAACAGUUGGCAGGCUGACCUGUGGUGAGUCACACUUCAUUGAUGUUGUAUCUUUUAUCAGCGGCGCAGUGGCCCUUAUUGUACCAUUUACUUUUAUCUUGGUGACGUAUUUGAGAAUUGGCCUGGCAGUUUGGCAGAUCCAUUCUGACCAGGGCUGGAGCAAGGCUCUUUCUACCUGUAGCUCUCACCUCACCGUUGUUGGCAUCUUCUAUGGUUCAGCCAUGUCCAUGUACCUUCAACCAAAAUCCAAAUAUACCUCUGACAAGGACAAGAUGGUCUCUGUUUUCUAUGGAGCUGUGACUCCUAUGCUCAACCCUCUGAUAUAUAGUUUGAGGAACAAGGAUGUGAAACGGGCACUUCAGAAAUUCUUUGGAGGGAAAGGAUUCAGAUAUUAAAUG